AUGAACCCUUACGAUGCCUUGCAGACCUUUGUCGCCGUGAUCAAGGAGGGCUCCUUCGCGGGGGCUGCACGAGCGCUGGGGAUCACACGCGCCUAUGUCUCGCGCGCCAUGGGAGAGCUCGAAGAGGAACUCUCCGUCCAACUCUUUCGGCGCACGACGCGCUCGCUCUCACCGACCGAGGAGGCGCUCUUGCUCUACGAGCGCGCGCUCCCGUUGCUCCAGCAAUGGGACGAUGUCAUGGGGAGCUUGGCGCCCGAGGAGGAGCUCCGUGGCAAGAUCCGAAUGGCCGCGCCGAGGAACUACGGCGAGGAGCGCGUCGUGCCUGUGUUAGGGGAGUUCCUCUCGCAGCAUCCUGGCGUCGAGGUCGACCUGGUGCUUGGCGAUCGCCGCGUGGCGUUGAUCGAGGAUGGCUUCGAUUUGGCGAUUCGCAUCGCAUCGCGCCGAGACGCGAGCCAUCGCUACAGGCAUUUGGAGGAUUGCCCGCUUCAUCUCUACGCGACGCCAUCCUAUCUCGAGAAGAGCUCGCCGCUCGCCACGCUCGAGGAUCUGACAAACCAUCGCAUCGUGGUCGAUUCGAACCUCGACGCUGGCGCGCGCUGGCCGCUCGUCGUCGAUGGUGAUCGUCGCGUCGUGACGGUCCAGCCUUCACUUCGCGUCAACAGCCCGAUGGCGGCUUAUCGGGCGGUCGCGUGCGGGCUUGGCGUCGGGAUGAUGACGAGCUGGCAUGUCAGCGACGCGGUCGCGCGCGGCGAGCUGGUGCGCGUGCUCGAGCACGCGACCGUGGAUCUCUUCUUCGACAUUCAUGUGAUCUAUCCCGAGGGCCGCUAUACUGCUCCGCGCGUGCGCGCCUUGAUCGAGCAUCUGACCGGUGACCAUAUCCACGUCACGGGCACAGCGCCUGUGGCUGAAGGGGGCGGCGUGCACGCGCCCGGAGAUGCCGAGGCGCAGGCGAUGCGCUGUUUGGAGUUGGCCGAGCAGGCGCUACGAGACCUUGGCGCCGAUCGCCACGCGGUCGUGAGAACGCGGAUGUUCGUCACGGACAUCGAUCGUUGGGAGGAGUUUGGCAGGGCGCACGCAGCGUUCUUUGGCGAGCAUCACCCCGCGACCACGAUGGUCGAGGUCACUCGGUUGAUCGAUGCGCAGAUGCUUAUCGAGAUCGAGAUCGAUGCUUACGUCGGCGAGGGGUGA